CCAAUGGGUGGCAUCACAAUUCCUUGCAAUGAAGCCUACUUCCUCAAUCUCACUCGGAGUUUGAAUGACUCGUGAAAAGGAAAUUAGUAUCUAGAAAUAGAUAGUACAUACAAAGGAUUAGAAAAGUACAAAAUAUAGUCUGAAAUGAAACACCUGAUUCUUUAUGAAGUUUAUAAUUUCUUUUGUGAAGUUUAUAUCUUCCUCAACAAUAUUCAAGAUCGAGAGAGACAAGCUACGGCUAUUAGACUACCUCGUAUAAUCCAAGUCAAGAAAAAUUUUCGUCGAGUAGCUUCAAAAUCUGCCGAGUCUUCCUUGGUAUCCAACAAAGUCUCAAAAGGGUAUAUUCCAGUCUAUGUUGGAGAGGAACGAAGAGAAAGAUAUGCAGUACCGUUAUCUUAUUUGAAUGAGCCAUCAUUCCAAAAGUUACUGAGGAAGGCAGAGGAAGAAUUUGGGUAUAAUCAUCCAAUGGGAGGCCUCACAAUUCCCUGCAGAGAAAAAGCGUUUGCUGGUCUCACUUCCUUUUUAGCACAGAAUUGAAAUUGAUGCACAAUCAUCUUGCUGAGGAAGUGCACUAUCUGAUUGACUAUUGUGGCCAACAAAACGAAAAAUCGGUUAAGAAGAUGCAAAUAUGCAGAAAAGAAAAUUGGAGUAAAGCUUCCAAAGUCAAAAUUGUUUUUAGGCUUGUGAAAUCAUCCAAGUCUGGUAAGCACUUCAAGUGCUCUGCAGUUUCUAGUGUCAUAUUUGUGAGAAAACAAAGAUAAUCAUGUGGUGCAUCGAUGAACAAUCCGAAGCAUCAAACUAGCUACAUUUCAAUGUGAACAAAUUAGAAUUGAUCCAUAAUAUCUUGUAAACAUUGAUCUGAAUGAAACUGAAAGUUGAAACUUGUUACUGGCACAAA